CAAAGCCCCAGCCGUUGGCAGUCGAUUCAGUUUGGACUUCGACGUCUUGCCAGCAGCAUCGUGAGCGCUAAUAAAUUUAACUGCACCUCGCCGCAUAAAAAAACUCCCUAAAAAUGAGCGCUGUGGAUGCCAUCAUCAACUAUAAACGCAGUCCCAACGAGGACUUUUACGCUCUGCUCCACUGCGACGAGACCUCGUCGCCGGAGCAAAUCCAGGCCGAGUACAAGGCGCUGGCACUCCAGUAUCAUCCGGACAAGAACAGCGGCGACAAGGACGCGGAGGCCAAGUUCCAACAGCUAAAGGAGGCCAAGGAGACCUUGUGCGAUCCGGAGAAGCGGGCCGUGUACGACAAGUGGCGCAACAGCGGCAUCUCAAUGAGCUACAAGCAGUGGCUGGGUAUGAAGGAGCACGUCGGCCAGGUGAGAAGAUACACAAUUGCCGAGAAAGUGGAUAAAGAGUCCAUGCAUUGGGCCACACCUAAGACCAAGGACCGCAUGUUGCCGGAGACCGGCGCCGGAGCCGGUCCGGGCGGUGCCAGCUGCAGCAGCGGCGGCCUCACCGCCGCCUCCCCGAACCCAGCCCAUCGACGCGCAUCCGAGGGUGGAGCCGCCCUCUACUACGGCAGCCGCAAGGCCGAGUGGGGCACCGAGAACACCGAUGUGGCCAACAAAUUCCGCAAUUACGAGAUCUAAGCGGCGGGAGAAUGGAUGAAUGACCUGAUGAUGAUUAUCGAUGCCAUGAGAUCAACGUGAGGAGAGAGUCGAACAGAGUAAAUUUUAUGCAUAUUUUUAGCCCCUCAGAGGGCAGUAUAUCUCGAUGUGAGUUUGAACAAAACAUAUUCCAAUUACAAAUAUUAUUGAACAAAGCAAAUACAAGACAUAUGCGAAAAAAACAUACAUAUAUCAAAUGAGCAUAGAGCAUUGAGCGAAAGUCGCGAUUCGCGAAUUACAAAAUAUUAUUAACCAACUCUACUUACCUACAUAUAUACAGAUAUAAAGGCGUACAUGUUCUAUAUACAGGCAUAGUACAUAUAUUGAUGUGAAUUAUAGCGUUGCAAAAUAAUAAUUAUAUAUAUAAAUGUUUAUAGGUGUAUAAAAAAUAUGAAAAAUGGUAAUUAAAUAUAAAAGAAACUGUAAUUUCAAUAAACAUACGGCUGGAAGGCGGCAAGAGGUUAAAGUUAAGCUUAAGUGAAACAUUUGAAUGAAAUUAGUCAAAUUUUAAAUGUAUACAGUGUCAAACUGACUCACAUAUACACGAGCACCCACACACACACACACAUACUAUAUAAUGAAUAUAUUUAUCUACAACUAUUUGUAUAUUGAUGUAUGUAUUUAUGUACCAUGUGCCCCUAAAAGACAAUCCCUUUGGAAGUGUUUACCAGUGCACUGAAAAAAAAAUUGAUAACUCUAACUGAACCUAGCAUCAAAAUGCCCACCACACAGAACUUAUCGGAAGCGAAAAAGUUAAAAAAAAAAAUACCCUACCACAAAAGCGAAUUUAA